CCUGUUAGUGUCUGGCUCUGUGGCAGGGCUGCUAUUUGUUGCAGUUGGCUACGCCCUCCCCCUCACCAAAAACAGCCUCAAAAACAACCAUUUCCUCUGGCUGAGAGACAGAGGGAAACUUGAGCUUACAUACGCGUGCGCGCGCACACACACACACACACACACACUCACUUCCUUGCAGCAGGCGCUCUGCUUUCCAGGACCUGCCACUUGUUAGCGGAGGCUGGAGGCUCCGGGACAGGGCCCAGGCAGCAGAGAGGUGGCUCAACCUGCACUGCUCCCACGGCCCUGAUCAGAUCGCCUCCCUCAGCAGAAGAGGUGCAUGUUCGUGGCCUCCCUGGCCUCUGGUUCCCAGAAAGACGGCAUACUCAGAACUCUGGAUUCUCGCCGGGGCCCCUGUUUCUUCCCCGAGAUGGACCUCGCAGCGACUGGCUUCAGUACAGGCCUGGCCCUACUCCAGGUGCAGCAGGGAGGGUAAGGCAGGGCCGUGAACGGCUCACCUGGACCUGUCCCAUGGGCCUGUCUCCACACAGCCGCCAUCUCUGUGUGCCUGGUGGGAACUGCUAUACUGCCUUCAAGAAUGAGUGGUGAUGUUCUCUAGCCACCCCUAGUAGCACCGUGGCUCUCCCUGGAUGCAGAGCAGCUGACUAGGACUUGGGAUUCUCUCCGAGAUAAAUGGACAGCGCUGACAGUCAGCUAUGACUGUCCAGAAACUUGUGGCCAUUGCUGUGCUGGUGGCCUUGGUUUCCCUCAUCCUCAACAAUGUGGCUGCCUUCACCCCCAACUGGGUGUACCAGACAUUGGAAGAUGGGCGCAAGCGCAGUGUGGGGUUGUGGAGAUCCUGCUGGCUGGCAGACAGGGGCCGGGGUGGCCCUAGUCCUGAGGCCAGAGCUGGGCAGGUGGACACACAGGACUGUGAGGUGCUGGGCUGGGGCUCGGAGUCAGCAGGUUUCCAGGAGUCUCGAGGCACUGUCAAACUACAGUUUGACAUGAUGCGUGCCUGCAACCUGGUGGCCACGGCAGCGCUGGCUAUGGGUCAGCUCACUUUCGUUCUGGGGCUGACAGGCCUGACUCUGAUGUCACCUGAGUCCCAGUGCUGGGAGGAGGCCAUGGCUGCUGCGUUCCAGCUGGCAAACCUGCUGGAUGACGGCCAUAGUGAGGACCUAGUGCCCCAAAGCAGAACCCAUGCUCUCCCAACAUGCACCCUGGGUGGGCAGGCUGUCCUUCUUGGAAGAACCCGUGGGCUUUGUGUCCCAGGAAUGUCCCUCCCGCCUUCACCUCCAAUCCUCACACAGGAACCCUGGUGCUGCUGCCUGCUGCCUAUGACUGACCCAAAGAUAAGUCUUGGAUGGGACAAUUUAGUGGCUAUGCAGAGUUCUGUACCAGGUUCAAGUCACUGCCCAUCACUGGAGGCUCCAGAGCAACUUGGCUGUCCAAUGGAGUCCAGUACAAAGCAUGCAUUGAGGUCAUAUUGGUGAGACCACCCCUGUCCCCUCGGUCAGUGCCUGCAUGGCAUCCUCCAUCAGUCUCUGGCAAGGUCUAUGGCAUCCUGAUGAAGCACAGGGCUCAGCACUGUCUCCCUUUUUUUCCUGGAAGCCUUAGAGAUGGGAAGUGCAGUCCUGACCGAUGAGAGCAACUAUGUGACCCUGAAAGUCAUGCUUCUAACCUGCUUCCUCUUCUAAAAAAAAAAUCCCUUUUAUCCGAAUUACUAUUAUAAUUCAUGCAGAUGUAGCACACAGAUGCCUUCCUGAUAGUGCCCAACACUGACAUCUUUACGCAUGUGUUCAUCACCCCAGUGGGAGGAUCUCCAAGCCUUUUUGGAAAACAAUAUUAAAUAGCUAAAAAAAGAGUCCUGAGCACAACCCAAAGCACCAAUCUACCUCUGUGAUGCCCAGGGACAUCCUGAGGACAGGCUGUAUAUAUAACAGUUGACUAGUUCAUGUUUUAUCUCGAGCUGCUUCUGUGGUGGCAGCUAGGUCUUCCUCUCCUCUUACAGCAGGUAUCCUUUUAUGGAAGUUAACGGAUAAGGCCCAGGCCUUGUGCGAUAUAGAGCUUUCUUUUCCCAAAUUGGUAAACUCGAACUUGGCCGUUUCUUUUUUCCUUUUUGGUACAGGGGAUUGAACUUGGGAACCUGUGCUCUUGAGGAAGGCGCGGUGCCACUGAGCUAAAUCCCCAGCCUAUGCACUUGUCCAUUUCUGACCGCCCAUGUCUCGAUUUCUGUAACUUGGUCCCUGUGGAAGCUGCAAUGCUUCACUAUACCUGCUCAAAAAAAGGUCACCAAGGGGCCGGGGAUUUAGCUUAGUGGUUUGGUGGCCUGCCUUGC